UGGAAGGAUGGAAGGCUGGCUUCUGUACCUGCUGCUGUGUUGGCCUCUGGCCCAGGCCGGGGUGGUGCAGGAUUUUAACCACGUGGAGAGGUGUAAAGACUCGCUGUACAUGGGCACCCCACCCAGGGGCUACCUGAACCGAGCCAACAAGAAAAUCUGCCAGCGUCUGCAGGACAGGCCGCGCUACGUGACCCUGUACGACCCCAAUAGGCGCAUGCCUCUCUACUCCGCAUACACCUUCAAAAAGUCGGACGGGGAGAAGAGCGUGGACCAGCCGUGGAUGUACGAACCACAGCUGGCCUCAAGUCUGGGCAGCAGCAACAUGGAGCCGUUCUCUCAGUUUGGAAAUAUUCAGAGGCUGAUGGACUCUCAGGCCACUCUGGAAGACUAUGCAGAUGUGGUCCAGUACGAGAGAGGUCACCUGAACCCUGACCAGCACCAGGCCGACCCCGUGGACAAAGCAGCCACCUUUGCUCUCACCAACAUUGUCCCUCAGUUCAGGGAGUUUAACAUAGGUCCGUGGGCACAGCACGAAGAACGAAUCAGACAGCGGCUAAACAACUACUGUCGUGGAACAGCCUACCUGGUGACUGGCACCACCACCGCUGGUAACAUGAUUCGCAGGAACAACAACAACCGGGUGGGCAUACCUGAGUACAUGUGGACGGCAUACUGCUGUACUGAUUACGACCACAAUGCCCCCUACCUGGAGCGCUACCGGUUCCCAGCCUUUGGAGCCUAUGGCCUGAACGACCGAGUCAACAACGCUGUGGUGGAAGUGCCUCUCAAAACCCUGGAGAAGUUCCUUAAGGAUCGAAUGGAAGUGGACAAGAACUUCCAGAUUUUCUACAGUGACUGUGUUUCUGAUGAAAUGUAGCUUUAAGUAUGUUUAUAUAAAUAUAUAGGGGUUGAACAAUGAAACUGAAACACCUGUCAUUUUAGUGUGGGAGGUUUCAUGCCUAAAUUGGAGCAGCCUGGUGGCCAAUCUUCAUUAAUUGCACAUUGCACCAGUAAGAGCAGAGUGUGAAGGUUCAAUCAGCAGGGUAAGAGCACAGUUCUGCUCAAAAUAUUGCCAUGCACACAACAUUAUGGGUGACAUACCAGAGUUCAAAAGGACAAGAGGACAAAUGUAGGUGCACGUCUUGCUGGCGCAUCUGUGACCAAGACAGCAAGUCUUUGUGAUGCAUCAAGAGCCACGGUAUCCAGGGUGAUGUCAGCAUACCACCAAGAAGGAUGAACCACAUCCAACAGGAUUAACUGUGGACACAGGAGGAAGCUGUCUGAAAGGGAUGUUCGGGUGCUAACCCGGAUUGUAUCCAAAAAACAUAGAACCAUGGCUGCCCAAAUCACAGCAGAAUUCAAUGUGCCCCUCAGCUCUCCUGUUUCCACCAGAACUGUCCGUCGGGACAAAAAUUAUUGUGGUCUAAAACCAGGUGUU